CGACAUCGAAAUGGGUAUAAAUACGUGUACCUUGCUGCGGAUCUGGUAUUCAGUGUUUAGUGUUGAGUAAAGGGAGGACAAUCUAAAAGCGUUCGCAGUGAACUUUUUCUCAGAAAUGACAUUCAAGUUUGUUGUACUUUUCGCCUCAAUCGCGGUGGUGGUGCGAGCUGGCUUAUUGCCAGUCGAGGUCAAAACAGUCGCCCAUCAACCGGUGCCGGUAUUGGACGAGGCCGAGGAGGAAUACGAUCCGCAUCCGCAAUACAAAUUUGCAUACGAUGUGGAAGAUGUCAUUUCUGGGGACUCGAAGAGACAAGUUGAAGCUCGUGACGGUGAUGUUGUUCGGGGCCAAUACGCACUCAACGAUGCCGAUGGAUUUCGUCGGACAGUCCAGUAUAUGGCUGAUCCAGUUAAUGGCUUUAAUGCUGUUGUCCGUCGUGAGCCAUUGAUGGUGGUGAAAGGUGUCGACGAUGGAGUUGUUGGUGUCGUUCCUGAUGUCACAAGUGGUGCAGUUCGUAAGACUCCAUCUCUAUCUCCAUCAACUGCUGGUGUGGCAUUUUCAUCUGCUUCUGGCCCUGAUGUUAUCACUGUCGCUCAUCAUUAAAACAUUGAAUCGCAAAUGUUUCUGCUUGGAGACUGACUACAAACGCUGUUUCGGCCAUUGAAUAAAAAUUUAAUUUGUGAUCAUAGUUUAGGUAUAAAUAAUAAAAAACGUACAAUAGGUGAAA